AUGACUUUCCCGUCAACUUGGCAUAAGUUCAAGAACUUCAUUUCACCCACGAAACAACCAAUUCGAGCCGUAGCUAUAUCCCAAACUUCUCAUACUACACCAAAAAAGGCCCCUGGACAAACUUCAUCAAAUGGAAAGAGAGAGCCAAUAUUAAUCACAACUAAAGAUGUGAUCUAUAAACCGAAAAGGAAUGUGUUGGACAUUGUCACGAAAGCUGCUGGUUCAAAUUGGGUAUUUGUAGCAAUGAUGGCUAUCAUGCUUGUUUGGGUCAUAUUUGGUUUCAUUAAUGGCACGACUGAUACCUGGCAAAUCGUCAUGCAAAAUACCUCUUCGAUCCAAGUCUACUUAACAGAUAUCCUGCUCCUCAGACAAGCUUCCAACGCCUCAAAAUCUCUUCUAACCACUCUCGCCGAACUCCAGUCCCGCAAUCAAACUUCUGAGCGCCUUCUCCGACAAUUACCUAGCUGCCAAUGGAUGGAAACCCACAGGAACCCAGCUGAGAAAUUGCUCAAAUAUAACGAACCUGUUGAAUCCAGCGCCGAUGAUAUCCUAAUUACAAGUGGCGGUGGAGACAUAUCAAAAGCACGCUAUAUGUGGAACAGCACUUGCAGAAUCGUUGCUAAAGGCCUUGGUUCCAUCUGGGCAUAUAUCCUCUACUGGAUCGGUAUUUUCUUUUGGGUUGGCAUCGGUCCUCUAUUUCAGUUCAGCGACACUUGGCAAUUAUAUGUCAAUACAGCUACUGCAGUUGCCUUGACAUUUACUUCCAUCUUCUUGCAAAAUAUACAACAGCAGCAAGAGAAUAACCUUGAGCAGUGUCUUGAGUAUGCUUUAAGAGUCGAUUCUGAGGUUGAGUGGCGAUUGAGGGAAAUUACAAACGAUUACCAACCUAACCCAAUAUUCGAGAUCCCUACUCCAAUCAUCAGUCGGAUCGAUAGAUCUAUCGAUAUCUUUGCUGACGUUAUGGGCUCAGGCGUUGGGCUAUUGAUCACUUUGAUCGUAACGAUUGUUUGGAUAGCUGUUGGUCCUAUUCUCGGUUUUAACGAUAACUGGUGGUUAAUCAUUGGUACUUUUACCGGCCUUGUGGGCUUUAUCGACGGCUUUGUACUUCGGAAUGUUUAUUAUCGAGACGAGAAAGUUGCAGAGGUACAAUUCGAGAAGAUUGCCGAAAGUGAUGAUCGAUUAUUAGAUUUACUUAAUAUCCCUUCCCCGUACCAAACCCCUACCAAGCCAAGAAACUUUAGCACAAGAGCAUCUGCUACAGCAGGAGAGUUUUGCGCAUUAUCGGUUGUGAGCGUCGCAUCUGUCGGUGUUGUAUUUGCAUUGAUUGCCACUGCGUCUAUAAUGAAAUGGUCCGAAACUGGUCAACUUCUGUGCAACACUCCAACUAUGAUUAUCGAAGGGUUUCUCCUUCUAAUCCUCAUCCAAGCCCAUAACAUCGCCAACGCCGCCCGCGGAGCAGACUUCCAAUCUCUCCUCAAACAUCGUCUCCUCCUAAAUCACUACGUCUGCGAGCUCUCUGAGAACCCGAAUUGUUCUAGCUCUCCAUACCUCCAUAACCCCAAUGAAAAAUCCGUCGACAUCACCGACUUUUAUCCCAUAGAUGACGACGACAAUAAAGACAUGAAGAUAUCUGUUCACCAAAUAGAGGAUCGCGUUUGA